AUGGCUUCUUGUGUGCAAAAACUCUUGUUUGGAAACGCACCGAACUACUCGUUCUUUUCGAUUCCUGUUGUGUUCCUUCUCGCGGCGCUCCCCCACUGGUACUCCAUCUACCUUGUGAACCGCUCCAAAGGCCGUUUUGUCUGGCAGAAUGAGAACCCGCGUGCGUUUGUGACGCAGAUUGCUGCGCGCCCGGCUCUUGGUGACAAGAAAUCGGAGCACACGGAGCUCGAGAAGACCGUACUGCGCUGCCAGUCGUGCCAGGCCAAUGGUUUCGAGAACCUCCCGAUCUAUAUCGGUACUUUGCUCUGCGGCUAUGUCGCUGGCCUCCCCGCGUCGUUCAUGAACCGCAUGGCGCUGGUGUACGUCGUGACCCGUAUCCUGUUCGACAUUGCGUACGUGCGCUGCUCGACGCGUCGCACCUCGCUCCUGCGCACCAUCGCCUUCUUUGGCAACAUUUUCGUGUACCUGCAUGUGAUCCACCGCUCGGCCAUGGCCAUUGCGGCGAAGUAG